ACCGGUAAGCUCCUCACAAUCUUGUCUGCCGUCGACUUUCAUGAAUUUCUCUGUUUCCUUCACACGGUCUGAGGUCUUCUUCAUCUUCUUCUUCUUCUUCUCCUUCUUCUUCUUCUUCUCCUUCUUCUUCUUCUUCUUCUUCUUCUUCUUCUUCUUCUUCUUCUUCUUCUUCUUCUUCUUCGUCCAGGCUAUCGUGUUGUCUACACACCAUCAGUCGAGGGCGAGAGCACAGAGCUGACUCUUCCUGACACAGCAACAUCUGUGACCCUGAGUGACCUCCGACCCGGCAAGUUGUACAACAUCAGCAUCUACGCUGUGGAGGACAGCCUUGAGAGUGAGCCUGUCUUUGUGCAGGUGAACACCGCUGGAGAUCCACUGCCAGGUAAAAGACUGAAGAAAGUUUCAACUCAGUGAAUCUGAACGUGGAUAAAGACAGAGACUGUCUCAGUCUUCGGUGAACUUUAAAUUCACACGAGCAGAAAUUCAGAUUUACCUCAAACCUUCGUCCCUGGACUCCUGAAGGACCAAAGAUCUUCUGUGCUCCUCAUCCUUAACCUUCCAGAUUCAACCUGAAUCUCAUUUGUGGUUUAGCAGUUUAGCUGCUCUGAAGGAGUUUCCGAUCGCCUGGAAUCAAUAUUUUAUUUUCCCAAUAGAAAGUCACUGAGUUCACAGCUGCUGAGAUCUUCUGCUGUUCGAGUUACAUAAGACAUGUCUGCCUGCCAGGAGUGUGUGUGUGCGUGUGUGUGUGUGUGUGUGUGUGUGUGUGUGAGACCCAGUUUAGUCUGCUGGGGCAGAUUUAUGCUGAGUAGAGCAGAUCAAGUCUACACUUUAGGAGUGUUGUGAGUGUUGACCUAAUAUUUUAUCAUUGAUGACGAUUCUUGACCCUCAGUGACGUUUGUUUGAACUGACCUCCCAGAACAGCUGGAGCUGAUUCUUCUGUGUUAAAGGAGUUUAUUAGAGUUUUAAAUAAAAGUUUUAAAAGUCGAUAAAACAUUUAAAGAUUUUCUGUAAAUGAAUCAGUGAGAUGAACUUGUUUAGAAGAUAACAGCUCAGACCUCCUCCUUUAGUGCUGGUUUUUGGAGGAAUAUCCACUGACUCUGAAGAUCGUGUUUGUCCAAGAACUUCACAAACAUCCUGCAGAAUCCUGGAGAAUCUUUUCAGACUCCUGGAUAAACUGCAGACUGUGAUCGGUGUUUGAAUGAGAGUCAUUAUGGACGGUUAAAAUUCUGUCUCACUCUGUAUUUUAGUAACAUGCUUCUUGUUCUUAAUGGUAAAAUAGUUUUGUCCCGACACACGCAGGAUUAUCGAUGUUACACAAAGAUGCUGUGAGUCAGUCAGGCCGUGACUCACAGUGACUCUCCUUUACUGUCCGUAUAUCAGAGACAUCAUGACGACACAGUUCCUUCAAAAAAUCCAGACUUAAUCUCGCAGCGUUGUUUUCUCUUCCUGUCCACAGAAGAAGUGGUUUCUCCCACUGAUCUUCAGUUCUACGAGGUUUCCGACAAGAAGAUUGUUUUGACCUGGUCCGGUCCAACUGCUGAUGUCUCCGGUUACCGCGUCACUGUCGUCCCCGUGGAUGAGCAUGGACCUCUGCAGAGGGAGAUGAUUCUGCCUGUCAGUCAAAACUCUUACAUCGAAGUGACGCACCUACAGCCAGGAACGCAGUACCGCUUCAGUGUCUACACCGUCAACAACGGAGAGGAAAGUUCACCGCUUAUCGGAGAGCAGACGACCAGUGAGUAGAAGUUCAACCCUCCAGGAUGAAGUUUGAGACGUUUCAAUGAACAUUAAAGAUUAAAAAUAUCAGAGCGGGGUUCUGGACGGUCUGAUUUAUUCAGUCAUCAGUUUGAUUCACGGUGUUUCUACUUAUUUAAACUACAUUCAUGAAAAUCACAUUAAAAAUGAGUCUUUGUUCCAGUAGAUCUGAUGAUUUCUCUCCUUUCAGAGCCUGACGCCCCCACAGAUAUCCACUUCACCAAUGUGACCAAAGACAGCGCCGUGAUGAUGUGGUUCGCCCCGCACGCCAAAAUCACCGGUUACCGCCUCUUCCUCACUGUUGAAGGUUCUAACCCUGAACAACUGCGCCUACCUUCCCGCCUGACUCAGUACACCAUCCUCAACCUGAAACCUGACACCGAGUACACGGCGACUCUUCACGCAGAGCAGGGAAACACGCUGAGCGCAGGAGAGUCUGCAGAGUUCAGCACGAGUGAGUGUCUGUCUGAGCAGCGGUGUGGUCGCUGUCUGCCUGUUUAAGGGGCAAAUAAUCUGAGAUUAGAUAAAGGGGCUGGUCCCAAAUAAUCUGAGAUUAUAUAUUAAAAUUAUGGAACCGGUGAUUAAAAAGUGUCUCACUGUUUUAAGAAACCGCAGCAGAAAGUCUCUGAAAAAAGUCCCAAAAAUAUGAUGACUGUUGUUGACGACUCUCCUCAAAAAUCCGGUCUGACCGUUUUGACCAGAUUAACUUAUAUUUGACACUCUUCCUGUUUCCUGUCUACAGAGUCGCCAACAGGCGGCGCUCCUCCUUUCAGCACUGAUGUAACCGACACCUCCAUCAUCGUCUCCUGGACUCCAGUCACCAGCGUCGGAUACAAGGUCUUUAAUACUUCCCCGAUGUUCAUGCAUCACUCCCUGUCUUUAUGACGUAUUAUUUCUAUUCUACACUGUAAAAGCAGAGUUAACAGCCACAGACUUCCUGGAGAAUUCUGAUUGGUCAGAAUUUUCCACGUCAGAGAUGUGAAUGUUUGCCGGCCUCCAUGUUCAGCGCUGUGUCUCUGACUCUGAUUGUCUUUCAGCUGACCGUACGGCCCAGUCAAGGAGGCGAGGCCCCCAGAGACGUGACCUCAGAGUCAGGAAGUAUUUACAUUUCUGGUCUGACCCCUGGAGUGGAGUACACCUACAGCGUCCAGCCAGUCAUAAACGGCCAUGAGGAAGGAACACCAAUCACACGCCGGAUCGUCACAUGUAAGAGUAAACGCAGAAAUCUCGGGGCCUCAUUUAUCAGACGUGUGUACGAACAUUCAUGCGCAGAGUCUGGAAUUUAUCAACCUGGACUUGUUCUUAGGAACGUGUGUACAUUUAAGCCCAACUCUGAGCAUGCUUAGACACAAACCCUAGUGGUAGAACAGUGAAACUACAACUAGAACCCAUUAAAGGAGUCCCAGUGUUCAACAAUCUCAAACUUCCCUCUGGAUCUGUUAAACGCUCGACUGUGAGUGUGCGCCUCCAUGAUUUCAGCGAGGAGGAAAAAAUCCAUUCAGGCAUUUUUAAAGGGAUUGUUGAUACCAUAUAUGGUCAGUUGGAGGCGUGUCUGAAUGUAAAUGACCCUAACCAUGAACGAGCAGGUGGGAUUUAUCAUCACCGAUUUCUGACGUGUGUUCGUACGACCGUGUUCGCAUGUUUGAGAAAAAAAGAUGUUUUUGUUCUUAUUAUUUUUUAACUACGACAGAAUUUAGGACCUUUUCUACGAUAAAUGAGGCCCCGGGUCUUCUUUUGUUUGGUCCCUCGUUUCUCCUGCUCUUCUAACUUUCCUCGUUUCCUUUGUUUCCAGCCUUGUCUCCUCCUACUGAUCUGAAGCUGGAGUCUAAUCCUGGAUCUGGAGAUCUCACAGUCCAGUGGAAUGGAGCCAGUACUCCAGGUACACACAAACGUAAAACAGACCAUGACCUGGACGGAUGAGAAGAACCUUCAGAGACAUGAUGUAAAAGAAACAGUUCAGUGAAACUACGAUUGGAACCAUGUUUCAGUGAGACUGACUCUGUGUUCAACACUUAAAGUUUCAGACAAAUGACAACGAAACAUGUUUUCAAUCUUAGUUUCUCUGACACAACAACACAAGCAAAGAUCUAGGCGAGAAAAAACAAGAACAUAUGUUUUUUUGGACAAACAUCAACAAUAAAGAAUCCAGUUUAUUUAAGAUCUCUUUUCAUCACCGUCAAUCAAAUUCUGGGUCACUUACAAAGAGCUGGACACUGUAGGAGCAGUUUCUCCGUUAGUUAGUCGUCCUGUUCCUCCUCAUCGGUUUGACCUCUGGACUUUUGUGAGGCAGUUAGAGCUUCAGAGACGAGUAAAACUGUUGCUCCUUUCUCUCCGUCAGACAUCACUGGAUACAGAGUGACGUGCACACCCACCAACGGACAGCAAGGAAACAGUGUGGAGGAGUUUGUGGAGGCAGGAAAGAACUCCUGCACCCUGGAGAACCUCAGUCCAGGAGUGGAGUACAACAUCAGUGUUUUCACUGUGAAGGAUGACAUGGAGAGCUCUCCUGUUUCUACUGUCGUUACUCCAGGUGAAUGAGAAGUCAAGUCACUGUUACUCAUUUAAUUUAUUAUCAUUUCAGCUCAUAUAGUCAAAGUAACGUCUAAAAUAACACAAAAUCUUUUAACAUUUAAUCGACACUAACGCCGGUUAGCAUCACUGCUGUGACAUAGAAACACCAGCUAUGAUAAAGCAGCACAACAAUGAUGUUAAAAUGUCAAUGAUCGAACAUGUGACAUUUCAGAACCUUUGACCCUCGUUGGAUCAUAAUAUUUACUAAGAAACGCAUAAUCGCUUCCAUAGGUGGGAUGUUAGACUCUCUCCCCUGACUGGAAGCUAACCUCUCUCUCUCUUAACUGCGCUUCUCUCUCUUUCCAACACUCCUUUCUUCUUGUUUUGCCUUUGUUUGUUUGUUUGUGUGUUUGUUUGUUUGUUUGUGUGUGUGUUUGUUUGUGUGUUUGUUUGUUUGUUUGUUUGUGUGUUUGUUUGUUUGUGUGUUUGUUUGUUUGUUUGUUUGUUUGUUUGUUUGUGUGUUUGUUUGUGUGUUUGUUUGUUUGUUUGUGUGUUUGUUUGUUUGUUUGUUUGUGUGUUUGUUUGUUUGUUUGUUUGUGUGUUUGUUUGUGUGUUUGUUUGUGUGUUUGUUUGUGUGUUUGUUUGUUUGUUUGUGUGUUUGUUUGUUUGUUUGUUUGUGUGUUUGUUUGUGUGUUUGUUUGUUUGUUUGUGUGUUUGUUUGUUUGUUUGUUUGUGUGUUUGUUUGUUUGUGUGUUUGUUUGUUUGUUUGUUUGUGUGUUUGUUUGUUUGUUUGUGUGUGUGUUUGUUUGUGUGUUUGUUUGUUUGUUUGUUUGUGUGUUUGUUUGUUUGUGUGUUUGUUUGUUUGUUUGUUUGUUUGUUUUGUGUGUUUGUUUGUGUGUUUGUUUGUUUGUUUGUGUGUUUGUUUGUUUGUGUGUUUGUUUGUUUGUUUGUUUGUGUGUUUGUUUGUUUGUUUGUGUGUUUGUUUGUUUGUUUGUUUGUUUGUUUGUCUGUUUGUUUGUCUGUUUGUUUGUUUGUUUGUUUGUUUGUUUGUCUGUUUGUUUGUUUGUUUGUUUGUUUGUCUCCCUGUCUUUCCAAUCUUCUCUCCCCCGCCCCAGAUGUUCCACAGCUGACAGACCUCAGCUUCCAGGAUGUCAGUGAUACCACCAUCAGUCUCCACUGGUCUCCUCUGAACACCACGGCCAUCACGGGUUAUAAAAUCACGGUGGUGGCAGCGGGGGAGAGUGUGCCCAUCUUUGAGGACAUGGUUCUACCGACCACUGACCACUACACUGUGUACGGACUGGAGCCUGGAAUCGACUACGAGUUCAGUGUGACGACUGUGACGGAGAACGGCGAGAGCGAGCCGACCACGCUCAUUCAGCAGACCUGUAAGAUCCACAUUAUUCCAAAGAAGGUCACAUUUUACUGCUCUCAGCUAAAAAACACUCAAUAAUUCAUCAGCUGGAGUUUUAGAAACCAUUUAAUCCCAUCAGUCAUUCUGGACAUCUGCUGAUGAUAUUUCUGACAGUAUUUAAAAUAGCGAAUAACCAAAGUCCUUUUAUAGUCGUCUGGAAAACACAAAGUUUUUAAUCUUUUUUAAAGUUUUUAAUCUCCCUGAAUGUUGAGAUUUUGGACUGAAGUGUUUUUUAAACGGCAGGAGUGAAACUUCAACGACCGAAAACCUUUUUCUAAACUUUUUAUUUUUACUUUGUGAGCUGAGCUUCAAUCACAGAUGAGGUUUCCUGUCUGAGGGGUUGUCAACUUCAUUUUUCUCUUUGUGUGAAUCUGUGUGUGCGUGCACGUGUGUGUGUGUGUGUGUGUGUGUGUGUGUGUGAGUGAGAACCACAUGGCUUUAUUGAAGAGGUUUUGUCACGUUCAGACUCAUUUUGCCUCCUCGUUGUUCUUUUCUCCUUAAAGAUGUAAUUUAACGUUCCACACCUAUUCACACCGUCACAUAUUUAACAUAUAUAACAUAUAUAUAGUCUCAUAUUUAACAUAUAUAACAUAUAUAUAGUCUCAUAUUUAACAUAUAUAACAUAUAUAUAGUCUCAUAUUUAACAUAUAUAACAUAUAUAUAGUCUCAACACUCAGGUCUCCCUCUGAGGAUGAUGAUGUAAAUAUGUUUUUUAACCCAUUUGGCAGCUGACCUUUGUCGUCCAGUUCAGACUGUUCUGAGGACUUUAUUCUCUUUCUUUUCUUUCUUUUCUUAAUUUUCUUUCUUUUCUUUAUUUUCUUUAUUUUCUGCAGCUGUUCCAGCACCAACAGAUUUGGUCUUCGGCCAGGUUGGACCGGACAGUUUGGAGGUCACAUGGGUGUCUCCGCAGGUCCCUAACUCUGCUAAUAUCAACAGUUUCCUCAUCAGGUAAAAACACAAACAGAUUCAGUAAUUCUUUAGAAAUGUUAUUAAACUUGUAUUAAAGGAGAAAAGGCUGAUUCUUGUUGAUUCUCUCAUCAUUCAGGUAUCAUCCCAUCGAUGAUGAAGAUGACCUGACAGAAACAAGUACAGGGGGCACGAGUGACCGUGUGGUUCUCAGGAGUAAGUCCGGUCUCAGAGGACUCAGAGGACUCAGAGGGUGUCCUACAGGAGCUUCAUUUGUAUUAAACUCUUUUUCUCCAUGUCUCCUCAGAUCUGCUGCCCAACACCGAGUACCUGGUGAGUGUGGUGUGUGUUUAUGAGCAGAGGGAGAGCUCACCUCUGGUUGGCACCCAGAAAACAGGUGAGUCAUUUUCAAAGAGAGAUAAGGUCUGAUUAUUAUUCUGGUAUUCAUGUAAAUUUAUACUUUUAUAUUUUCCCAUGAUAAAUGAUUUUAUUUCUGGACCUGAGACACUCGUUUCUGUACUCUUCCUCAGCUCUGGACUCACCUGUUGCCCUGCGCUUCUCCGAGGUCUUCACCAACUCCUUCACCAUCAACUGGCUCGCCCCGCAGAGCAAAAUCACUGGUUACCGUAUCCGAUAUCAGAUGGUCAGUGGUGGCAGGACCAAAGACGAAAGGCUUCCCCCCUCCAGGAACCAUUUCACCCUCACAGGACUAACCCCAGACACCGAGUAUUUGGUCAACAUCUACGCCGUGAGCAGGAGCGAGGAGAGUCUGCCCCUGAGCGGAACUCAGAAGACAAGUAAGAAACACUGGUUUAGUUUUGUGUUUCAUUAAGAUAACCCUUCAUCAUCGUCAUCAUCGUCAUCAUCAUCGUCAUCGUCAUCGUCAUCAUCAUCGUCAUCGUCACCUUUUCUAACAUGUUGUUUAUCGACCGUUUGUCUCUGGGUUUUCUCUCCAGUCUCUGAUGCUCCCUCUGACCUGGAAGUGCUCGACUCCACCCCAACCAGCAUCACGGUUCGCUGGGACGCUCCACCUGUCACUGUUCGCUACUACAGGAUCACUCAUGGAGAGACUGGUGAACCUCUUUUUGUUUUAUUUUAGUUUUUAAACAGUAAAAGAAAAAGGUGUUUAUUUUAAACUCUUCUUCAUUCUCUGUCAGAGUCUUUUUUACAGCUGCUUUCAUAAGUUUAUAGAUCACUCAGGUACUGAGGUCUUAACAUCUUAACAUCUUCACAUCUUUCUCCAGGAGGUCAAACUAAUCCCAAAGAGUUCACCGUGCCUGGAACCCAAUCCACGGUGACGAUUAACAGCCUGAAGCCUGGUACCGACUACACCAUCACCAUCUACGCUGUAACCGGCAGAGGAGACAGUCCUGCAUCAAGCAUCCCCAUCUAUGUCACACACAGGACAGGUACACACACGUCACGUCUGCACACACACACACACACACACACACACACACACACACACACACACACACACACACACUCUUCUUCUCCUCCUGUGAUGGUCCGCUCCACGUUCACUCCCAACUUUAACCUCUUUAUCCUCCUCUAAAAGGCGUCGACUCGCCCUCAGACAUGGAGGUGAUGGAGGUGAAUGAUAACAGUGUCACAGUGAGGUGGAGCCCUGCCCAGGGUCCGAUCAAGGGGUACAGGGUGACGGGGGUCCCAAAGAACGGUCAGGGUCCGGCCUUCACUGAGGUGGUAGCUCCAGGUACAGUCAGACUUUAAUGAUUGUUGAUCAAUAAUCAGUUUUCUGCUCUCGAUCGCUGACUCCUCCUGAUUUUCUUUCUCCUGUUCAGAUCAGACAGAGAUGACGUUCUCCGGUCUGAUGCCCACAGUAGAAUACGUUCUGAGCGUGUACGCGCUCGGACAGGAUGGAGAGAGUUCUCCGAUGGUUGUGAACGCUUUAACGAGUAAGAACAUUUUCUGAAAGUUAGAAAACACUGAAUCUCUCCUCUCACUUCAUCAACUUUGUGGCCUUUCUCUCCGCUCUUCUCGUCUCUUAGAUGUAGACCAUCCAAAGGACCUGACCUUCUCAGACAUCGACUCCACCUCCUUGAGAAUCACCUGGGACAGUCCUGAGGGAAUCGUGACGUCUUACAGGGUCUUGUAUUACAGUCCUGAGGAGGGUGAGAGAGAGCUGCAGCCCGCCCCUCGAGGGGAUGUUGAGUCCGCCGUUAUCUAUGGUCUGCAGCCUGGCACUGAAUACACUGUGAAGGUCAUCGCACUGCAUGAUGGGACAGCUAGUCAACCACUUGUUGGGACACAAGCCACAGGUAUGAGAGGAGAUCUGGGAAUCACUUAAAAGAUUCAAAGGCUGAAAAUUGUUUUUGGUGUAAGAUCCUUUAUUUGUCCAAAACUGACUCCUUUUUUUCCCUCUUUUAAUUUCCUCCACCCUCCAGCGAUCUCACGUCCCACCAACCUUCAGUUCUCCCAGGUUGGUCCCACAUUUUUCACCAUGAGCUGGUCUGUACCAGGUCAGGAAAACCGUCUGACUGGGCUGAAUGGCCUCACUGGAUACCGUGUGGUGGUGAACCCAAAGAACAAGAGUGGUCCUACUAAGGAGAUCAACCUCGCCCCCGACACCACACAAGCACACAUCUCAGGACUGAUGGUAAGUCAGAGAGAGUGUCUCUGUAAAAGGUAGAGGAGGAGUUUUAGGGACUGUUCAGUCCCCGUAACUCCUCUGGGUGGACCGUGAUCCAAAUCAAACAAAUGGACUGUAGUCCUCUUGAAAAUGCAGAACUCUGUCCCCUUUGAAAAAAGCCAUGGUCCUCGAUCUUUUGUCUCCUAAAGGUUGCAACCAGCUAUGAAGUCCACGUCUACGCCUUAAAGAACUCUCUGACCAGCAGACCGGUCCAAGGAGAGGUCACCACUCUGGAGAGUGAGUCUCUGAAAAAGCCGCUCUUGUUUUUUUUCCUUUUCUUCAAAAUAAAUUUAAUUAAAAUUUCUGAUUUUUUAAUUUCUCCUCACAGACAUCAGUCCUCCUCGCCGUGUUCGUAUCUCAGAUGUAAAUGACUCCUCCAUCACCCUGACCUGGCGCUCCAAGACAGAAAUCAUCUCUGGUUUCCUGAUUGAGGUCACGCCCACUUCUUCACCUCCAGGGGGCGCCCCUGUUCAAAAGACCAUUGGCCCUGACUCACGCUCAUACGCCAUCACAGGUACGAAGACGUCACAGAUGAAUCAUCAGAGUUUCAGCGACACUCACACAGAUUUCUGCUAACGACCGUCUCUAAUUCAGGUCUGGAGCCCGGCACCAAAUAUGAGAUCACCGUCUACACGCUGAAGGGCAACGGACGCAGCGCACCUUUCACGCUCACCGCCACUACAGGUCAUUAUUAUUACAUUAUUAUUACAUUAUUAUGACCUCCUACAGUGUCCAUCUGAAGUCAUUUUUGAAUUGAUCACCAGAAAUACAGUUUAUAGUGUAAGUGGAUGAACCAACUGAAUUCUAAACACACAAACCAAGGUGUUGAGAAGCUGCAGGUGUUUCGUCGUCCAAAACUUUACUUUUAGGUUCGACAAUUCCAACAGUUUACUCUGCAUCUCUGUCUCCUCCAGCCAAACCCGUGGUCAUUCCCCCCACAAAUAUCCGCUUCACCUCCCUCAACCCAAGCAGCAUCUCUUUCACCUGGGAGCCUUCACGCAGUCCGGGGGUCACUGGGUAUUAUGUCACCUACGAAGAGGCUGGAAGUCUGCCUCAUGAACUCACUCCUAGACCGCAUGCAGGCCAGAGCUACGCCAUCAUCACCGGUCAGUGUAGACAAUGAGACAGACUCUGGGAACAUAGUAAUAAUAACAAAUAAAACAUGCUUCAGAUUUCAGAUGUUGUGGUGUUCUCGGUUACAGGUCUGAAACCUGGAACUGAGUACGUUAUCAAGAUUGUCGCUCUGCAGAAUUCCUUACGAAGCGCUCCACUUGUUGGAAAAGCGAGAACACGUGAGUAAACCGACAUUUGCUCUCCUUCCCCGUGACGCUUCCUCGGUUUUUCUGUGUAUCUUUUGUUUACAGUCAUUCACUCACUGUUCAUGAUGCCCCCCCCCCCAAACCGCACUUCCUCAGAGGUGCGCGCCCCACUAUGCUCUUAGCCGCGGCUCAACAUGUAGAUAACAGAAUAGAUUUUUUGUUUUUGCUGAAGACGGAGACGGUGAGGGGUGAGGGAUCUGGAGCGUGGCGUGAGAGCGUGUGAAGCCGAUCAAUGCAGGAGUAUUGGCAGCUAUAAUAAUUGGUAAUCGUAAAUCCUGAUGGUGUAAAGUCUACAUGUAAGAGUAACACAAGAUGACUUUUUAUUUGGGUGAACCAUGAAAAACGUGUCAAAGAUCCUUUCAGGCCCUGUUUGGACCUUUCUCUUCAUGUUUUUUAUAAAAUCUGACAGUCUUCAAGUACACUAUGGAAAAAAGUGUCUUUAACUGCUGUAAUAAGAGAAUAAUUGAAGUUUUACAAAACACUGAAACAGCAGGAAUCAAGAAGGUCUGCGUGGUUUAGGUCGCCCCCUGCUGGCUGCUGUAACCUCUGCUUAACUUCAACAUAAACUCAGAUUAAUCAAAAGAUUGAAGCGAAUGAGAGUCGAACAAAUAUCUGACAUGCUGAUAUGGACAGGUGCUGUUUAUGUGCUGUUUCUAUGAGAUCAUUUCAUCUUUAAUUUAUUUUGAUAUGUAAAAACACUUUUAUCUGGAUCAAUAAUCUAAUUUUAAAUAUCUUAAAUACAUCUUCAAGAGUAACAACUACAUUGCAGAAAACUGAAGUUGGACUUUUUAUCAGAAGCAGCUGUAAAAGAUCUAAAUAUUUAAAGUUUUAUUUUCUGUAUCACCGUCUCACUUUAGUCUCACAGAUUUAUGUUGUUUGAGGUCUGGAGUAAAAAACGCAGUUAUCCUAUUAUAACUGGUUAUAUGGUUUGUUUCUAACAUACAUGUGUCUGUUUUCAGAGCCAACAACAGAAGUACUGGUGCCAAAGCUGCCGGAGCUUCCUGUUCCUCACAGACCCACCACUGACAUCCUGGAUGUCCCCGAGUCCUUCGAUGAUCAGAUGUAGGAGCCGCACCAAGCUCCACUCCAUUUCUGUGUUUUGGUGUGUCGUCAAUAUUUGUUUUCAUCGCUCUCUCUCUCUCUCUCUCUCUCCUCUGUCCAGUUUCGACUCGAACCAUGUUCGCUUGGCUGGCACAAGUGGUCAGAAUCAACCAGGCCAGCAGGGCCAGCACAUCUAUACAGAGUACCAGAGCCUGGGCCCAAAUGAUGGACUUCAUGGUCCCUACAGUGGACCAAAGGAAGGCCAGAGACCAACUCUCAGAGAACCCCUGAUUUAUAUCCCUGUAGCAGGUCCUGAUGGAAACAGAGUCCCCUUGGUGAAGGUGUGCGUCACUCUGAUGGCUGAGAUCAGAAAUGUUGACUUUGAUCAGCUGAUAAAGAAGUUUAAUAUUCCAGUCAGAUGUGAAUAUUGAUGAAUUUGUAUUGAUUUACUCUUUAUUACAUGUUUGAUGCUCCAGGUGAGUGACGGUCCUCUACCAGGUCUUGCGUUUGGUUUCCCUGACAACAAAACUGACUUACCCCAAGAAGCACAGACCAUCACAACCAUCUCUUGGCAACCUAUCCCUCAAACCUCAGAGUACGAGGUGUCCUGUAACCCUGUGUCACACACAGAGGAGGGGGGCUUCCAGGUACACAAACACACAGUCACACCGUUGGUGCUGACUAAGAGACGGACCCUCAGUGAACUUCGUUUUUCUCUUUGUAGAUGCGUCUUCCUGGCACCUCCAGCAGCGCCACACUUAUUGGCCUGACGUCGGGAGCGUCCUAUAAUGUCGUAGUGGAGGCCAUGAGGGGCGGGGCUAAAGAGAAGGUUUUGGAGGAAGUUGUAACAGUUGGCAAUGCUGGUACUGAAAUACUUACUAACUUCUGCAUCAGAUAUCAACUCAAACAUUCGAUGAUUUAGACGGAUUUUAACUUUGAUAACAGAUUUAAAGUUUUAUUCUCUGAUCAUGAAACAAAAACACUCGUGCUCUCUUUAACAUGUUUGUCCUGUGCCUUAGUUCCAGGUGACGUCCCCAUCACAGCCCACCAGGAUGUGUGUUAUGACACAUUUACACACACUUACCAUGAGGUGGGCUCAGAGUGGGAGCGUAUGUCUGAGACUGGAUUCAAGCUGUGGUGCCGCUGCCUGGGCCUGGGCAGCGGUCAUUUUAGAUGUGAUUCAUCCAGUGAGUAAAGCCAUAGAAUCCUAACGUCUGUGUUCUAUGUGCAACAAAACGCUGUAAUCAAACACAAGCAUGGGCAGGCAGACGCUUCAUCGAGGGGCUAACGAGAACCAGAUCCUUUCAGUCCAGAUUUAUUAUCAUGUUUGAGUGUUUCUGUCGUCUGCCCAUGUUGGUGCUUCACUUCAGCCUCUAACAGCUGAGAGCUAAACUAACAGACCAACAUGAUUCUCAGUUCUCUGUAUCGUCCAUCAAGAUAACAGGACAAUACCAGAAACUAAGACCACCACCCAUGUCUCCAUUUCCACCCUGUGUUGAUGUGUUUGUCUCCACAUGGACACAGUUAAUUUGGCAUUAACCUUAUAAUAUAUAAUCAUGUUUUUUCAGAUGUUGGCACUUUGGUAAAGAAGAUGGAAACCUGUUUGACCUGUGAACGUCUGUCUUUCUCUUCUUUCAUGCUCCUCUUGAUUCCUUCUCUUACUUCUUCCUAUCUUUGCUUUUUCCUCUGCUUUCUCCAUUCCUCCUUCUUCCUCCAGAGUGGUGUCAUGACAACGGUAAUAACUACCGGAUUGGUGAGAAGUGGGAUCGCCAGGCUGAGAAUGGUCACAUGAUGAGCUGCACCUGCCUGGGAAAUGGCAAAGGAGAGUUCAAAUGUGAACCACGUGAGUAUCGACUGUUGAGACUUCAGGCUUCCAGCAGCGUGAUGAUUGUAACUGAAUUUAAUCAGACUUGGUGUAGAUGUGUAUCAGAUGAGUAGAUCUUUAUUGUCCGUCACAGAAAAUGUGCAGCCACCAUAUGUACAGCAGUGUGGUCGGGAAUAUAUUCUCUCUUAAAUGGGUUUUACCAAAUAAUUCGGGCCACAGAGUAAAUGUAUGAAGGCGUUAUUGUUAUCCUGUGGAUUCAGUCUUUUUCUAUUUCAGUUACUAAAACAAAACAUGCAGUUCGAUCAGGAUGGAUGUGGUCUGUUCUCUAUUGAAGAUGAAUUUUGUGUGACAGAAGUCAUGAAAAACUUUAGUUAGUUAGUUAGUUAGUGUCCUUAACUAGGACGAAAGAUUAUCCACAGCUGUCUUAACUAGACGCUUAGAAACAAGUUUGACAGACAGACGCAGGACAUCUGACGUACUUUAUAUACUAAACAAAACAUGAUCAUAAAACAAAUAGAAGCUAAAAUAUUAGGAUUGGAUGCAGAAAACGCAUUUGAUUCUGUCAGGUGGGAUUUCCUUUCUACGGUGCUGGAGUGAUUUGGUUUUACAAAGUGUUUGUCAAGAUUGAACAGUCUGUAAAUAAUAAACCUACAGCCAGGAUCAGAAUUAAUGGGAAUCUGAAGUUUGCACCUAAGUCAACGGGACACGCCAAAAAAACCCAAAGAGGAGCAGUUAGUGGAGUUUUAAUGUCUCCUGCUCUGAAGACGUUGUUUUUGUGGUAAAUCAAAAUUUCCCUCGGGAUACAUCAAGUUCUUUUGUCAUCUUAUCUUAAAUACUUGAAUAAGGAGUGUUGUUUUUUGUAAGUGUGCUCCAUGUAUAUAAUAUCACAAUGCUACUCAGGAAUCUCAUCAGAUUGUUCACACCCCGGCUGAAGACCUCUCAGAAUUUCCCAGCGAGAAUUUUCUGGUUUUAAUUUGAUUUUUGUUCUUUUGAAUAAUUGCAUUAACUGUUUUUAUCCAUGCAAAAUCUAACCAUUGGUUAUUUUCUUUUAUUAUUCUCUCUUCAGAUGAGUCGACAUGUUAUGACGAUGGGAAAAUGUAUCAGGUCGGGAACCAGUGGCAGAAGGAAUACCUGGGUGCGAUUUGUACCUGCACCUGCUAUGGAGGACAACAGGUUAGUGUGAGCAUGAGAGUGUGUGUUUCUGUCUUUAUCGGUUAUUUUAAAUGUUAAAAGUCCUCGUGUCUUUCUCUUCAUCUGUUGUUUUUAAGUACAUUAACCUCCUCCUCCCUCCCUGCAGGGCUGGCGAUGUGAGAACUGCAGAAGGCCUGGAGUGCAGACUGAUGUGGACGCUGACCUCCUUCAACCAGUCAACCCUGAUGUCUACGACCAGUACAGAGAAAACGCUCGGCGCAAACUGGUCAGUAUUUCAAAUCAACCUUCACUAUAAAACCACGUAAAAAAAGACAGUUUUAUAUCACAGAUAUGGACACGUUUCCUCUGUAACUUCAGACAUGAACCAGAUGGCUCUUUGUGUCAAUCAUCUCCAGGAUUGAAAAAUGCUUUUUCACAUCUUAUGAGAGACCAUAAAUAAAGUGGAUGAAGUAUCAUCAUGUUUUAAUGACUACUACAGCCUGAUGGUCACCCACACUGAAAAUCAAGAAUUCGAUCAACAGUUUCUCGUGUUUUUAAAAGAGUCGUAGUUUUAAUCCAGUCAGCACGAAUAAAUCACAACAUCUCUCCUCUGUGUGUUUCUCAGAGUAUUCAGUGUCCCAUCGAAUGUUUGAGGCCGGAGCUGCUCGCAGAUGCCCAGAUCCCCUCGAAGUAAAGAAGAAGUAUGAAAGUGAAGCAGCCGCUUGAGAAGGAAACUCCUGUUUUCAUUAAAACAGACGUUUCCAUCUGUUUUCCAUCCCAAUCGAACUCGUGCCUUAGAGGUUGAACCCUCACAAGUAAUUUUAGUGCCUUCUGACCAGUGUGUGAGAUUCAUGGGCGUCUGUGAGCUGAUGACCACACUAUUUCUUCGACAUGCUUUAAAGGGGGAUGUUAGUGGAGUUACUACGAGGAAACUGCAAUACGCAACGUCACCUGUAGAUGGUGAGCAAAUCUCCACACUGGUCUGUACACCAGCCACUGUGCCUUAUCAAAUAUCAGCCCUGCUUCUUAUUUAGCUGUGAUCCACUCUUAUUUAGAAACCGUUCUUCUUCCAGUUUAUGUGUGACAUUAACCUGUCGGGGCGUAAAUCCUGCUGCUUUCUCACCUGCCAGUAUUUCUGUUUGUUUCUGUCAUGGUGGGACUUCAGAUGAAUUCAAUCAUUCCUCCACAGUUUAUUUUCCAGUAACGAACAAAGUGUUUCCUUUUCUGUGAUAAGCAUUUGUACGUGUCCCCCAUCACUGACUUUAACUGUGACUUAUACACUAAGUAUUACGUAUACAUGCGUUUUUUAGAUCUGUUUACAUUUCAAAUCAGGACUGUGUUGAUUUAUCGCGAAGGUAUUUUUAAGCCAAUAAGUGUUUCCACUGUUCUAAAGUAUGUUUUUAUGGAAUCAGAUGGAUGAUCAACAGUACAGCUGUAAGUUCACUGUCUCUUCUGUGUUUCCCUGUGAGCUGGAUUUUCAGAGAGAGCAGUGGGGGACUAAGAUUUGUUUCCUCGAACCUCCGUAGAAGGUUUAAAAGCCGUUUGUGAGAAGCUGGAAAAAAUGACCUGAAGUCACCUCACAGAUGUGCUUCUGUGGUAUUGAGAAGAACGACGUGCUUUAGCUCCUAUAAAGACAGAAGGGAAAAUAGAAGUAAAGCUGUUGAUUAAAUACAAAUAAAAAAAUCAUCAUUGUUUCUGAGGAAUGUGUUUUAUUCACAUAAACGGUUGCAGUUUUUGUCCUUUUGUGCAUUUUUGUUCAAUGCUUUUUCAGGUGUACACUUUAUUUCAUGAUUUACUUGUUUUUAUAUUGUUGGUGCCAAAAUCUGAACUACUGUGGACUGAAUCUUUCUAAUAAACUCUAUAAAACCUGAAGCGCCGUGUUUUUUCUAAACAGUGAUUAACUAAUGAUCGCCAAGAUCGCACAUGUCCUCGAAAAUCUAAGUCUUUAUUAUGAAAAGCAACCAGAAAUAAGUCUGUGUGCGUGUGUGUGUGUGUGAGUGAGUGAGUUUUAUUUUUAUUUAACUUUUAUUGAAGCAGGUUUGUCCCAUUGAGAUCUGACCAAGAGUGGCAGCAGUACAAAGUUCCAACAGAGCCUCACACAGACUCAGAAAAGAACAAAACUGUGAGGAAACAUCCGUGAAAACUGAGACGGUCUGAGAGUUUG